CCUAGCGGUGCGCGUCGCUGCGUGAAGCCAGAGCCCGCCGUGCGACCGUGUGACAGUGCGACAGUGCGAUGGCAGUGCGUGGGUGGCGAGUGCGUGCCCCGGGCCGGCGAGGUGGACACAGCGGCGACAUGGGGCCCUCACGCCGCCGCUCCGACACGUCAUAGGCCCUGCAACAGGGCCGCCGACUGUGAUGGACGCAGCAGCCGCCAACUACACCAGCUCUACACCGUCGACACUAGCCAGCCCGGGCCGAGGACUGCCCACCGCCAUGUCCACCAUCGACCGAGAGCAGAUGAAGCUGGAGUUCUACCGCACGUACGACGUGAUGACGGGGGUGCGCAUCGCGGCCACGCUGGGCGGCUUCUUCAGCCUCAUGGUGCUGCUGGUGGUGUACAAGAGCAAGUGCAAGUCCAAGUCACUGAGCGACGAGGACCUCACCGCCGCUGCUGCUGCUGCUGCUGCUGCCGAGGAGGAGAAGGACAGCGGCUUCUCGACACCGUUCACGCUCGGCGCGCAGCCUCGACGUGGGCAGCGGCAGUCCCUGGGCAACAUGAGCGCUCCCGCGGCCGUGCGCACGAGGUUCUCCUCCAUAGGGGGGUACUCCACGCUGGACGCCUCGCCGUUCCUGGACCACCAGCGGGGCAAGAGCCUGCCGGGCUCGGCCCUGCAGUUUCCCUUCGCGCCGGCCCACCUCGCCGAACCGGAGGACUCGUUCGCCGAGAGCCCGUCGUGCUACCAGCACAGGUUCCUGGUCGUGCCGCAGGACGAGCGCCGCCUCAGCUCCAUCACGUGCUCCAGCUCCGACACAUCGUACCUGGAGCGGCGCGGCUCGGCGGCCGAGAUGGGGCUGCCCGCCCCGCCGCCCCGGGCGGGCGCCGCGCGCGAGCUCUGGGACUUCUACUACCCCAUCGACAUCCAGAUCAUCCAGCCCACGCCCGAGGCGUCGCCGUGCGGCAGCGAGCGCACCCUGUACGACGUGCCGGCGGUGCCCGCGGGCCGGGCCAGCCUGGAGGUGCCGCGCCUCGCGCCGCUGGCCUCCCUCGGCAGCUGCGCCACGUCGCUCGCCGACUGCUCCGACCACUCGCUGGGCUCCGACUCGGUGUUCACGGACGACGAGCUGGACACGGAGGACGAGGUGGAUGGCUUCUCGACGGACAGCGAGGGCACGGAGGUGCCGUUCGCGCGCCACCUGCUGCAGGUGCCGCUGCCGGCCAGGGUGGCCCCCGCGGGGCGCUGGGCCCCCGCCGCCGCCGGCUACCGCCCCGAGAGGCGGUUCUCCGCCCCGUGCCGCCCCCGGGCUCCCUGCGAGACCAUCAGCGCCCUGGUGGACGAGCCCGCCAGCGAGGCGGCGCCCGCGCUCCGGCCGCCCUACCCGCUGCCCGACUCCAGCGACAGCAGCACGCUGGCGGCCGGCUCCGGGUCGCUGCUGGCGCGGCCCUCCUUCCCGCUGCUGGUCGGGGGCUCCUGUGAGCACCUGGCCCGGGCGCUCCGCGACAAGGCCUCCGUCGGCGACAGCUGCGCCUGGUCCCAGGAGACGCUCUUCUAGCGCGCGACAGUGCCUGGCUCUCCUCCGUGAAGCACGGUCAGAGUUUAAUGGUAGUUGUAAUUGCAUCUGUUCGUGUUUGGGUGCACAAACUGAAAUGUGCCAUAAAUGUGUAUAUUUUUUUUAGAAACAAAUGAUAUUUUCACAGGUCAUGAUGAGAUUGUGAACAUUUAAAGAUGAGCUUUGGGUAUGUUAAUAGUUUUGUGUUGUUUUUUUAUUUAAGAGAUAUGAGGAAACAUUUGUUACAACUGAAGCCUAAGUGUCAUAUUUUAAACAUAAUGUGUAAGUGUGCGAAUGCAUGACUAUAUCUAAAACUGUUAGAAAUCGUGACUUCCAUAUUUUGUAAAGACCGUGGAUGCCAUGCUAGUUAAGUUUUUAAGGAGUGAAAUGGCAACUCAGAGAAAUGCAACCAAAUUUUGAGCUCAUAUAACUUAUUUAAUAAUACAUUAAAAUAUUAUUAUCAUAAUCAAACAAAACAAAGGGUUAGCGUUCAAUGUUGCUUGUCUACAUCUCCGAACCACUGCUAGCAGUUGUGGGUUGCAGCAACAUGAACACUUCUAAGGGUGCAGGUACUCAGGACUCUGAACUACUUCAGUGCACAUGUUCAACUCAUGCGAGCGGUCACACACCGUCUGAACGUGUCAUUUCUCGCUUUGUAGGGUCCACACAGGUGAGAUAUUUCAGGACGUUGAAAGGGGCACCUACUUGGCAACACUCACACAGUUUAAGCCAAAUCAGCGAGCACUGAUUCGGACCCUCCCCUUAGUAAGAUUUCUACUCUAAUCUGACCAAUUCAUAGUUUCUUUUCUAGGGAUAAACAAUUUUCUUGCAGUAAGUCUGUCUUGACUGUAACUGCAGCACCCAGCCAACUGUUGGCGUGAUAGAAAAUCAACGACCUUGUGUCUGUUACUUAAAUGUGCUAGACGUAGCAAAGCCAGUAAUGGUCUCUGUAUAAUCUCGCAUGGGUGGAACGUUACACAAAGAGCAGAAAGCAGACAUUAAGCAAAACUCUCAAACUUGUUCUCUGAGCUGCAAAUUAACUUAAGUGUUGGUUCUCUUGAAACUUGGCGAACAAGUUCGAGCAAUCUACUGGUUUGAUUGAAUAAGUAUACUUGAACCAUUUUCUAAGUGCAGAGUAUUUUGGUUGACUUGGGUUGCUAUUUCAAGCACAUCUAUUCUAUUAAUAAUUCAACUAUUUUUACAUUUUAAAAUAGGGAAAGAAAAAUUAUAAUUACAGAUUCAUGAUGUUCUUUGCAUUAUUUAAAGUUUGUCAUGCUAAGAUUCUACAGUCCAGUCUAAAGCCAGGAUACAUUUAGCAAAUAAUGUUAAAAUAGUCCUGGUUGAUUCCUAGUUCAGGAAUUGAUCAUACCUUUUUGAAAUCCGUUCGCAAAAUCUCAGAUAUACCUAUAAAAAAAAAUUAAGAGUUUUACAUCAAAUAACUCAUGAUAAAUUAAAACUUCUAGAAAUGGUAUCUAUAAAUUUGUUCCAAACUGUUAUUGCUGUUUAAAGAUUUAGAAACAAAACAAAAGCAGUUCUACAAGUUGAUUCAUGGGUAUCACUACAGUGUUUACGAGUUAGGGCUAGUCAAAACUCAUUUAGUAAACAUCACAACAUACAUCUACACACUACAAAUAAAACAGUACACACACAGGAAUUAUGAAAGUUUUCACCAAAUGACUAUAAAAAUAAACAAACCUCAGUAAAGUGUGUGCACUGCCAUCAGUGGCAUUGAAGAAGAAAAAACACAUCCUUGAGAAUUGUCUUACUUGCAGAAUUAUGAUCGAGACAGGACUCUUCAACCACCACUGAUGUUAUGGUGUUCCAUGCAGGGAUAUUCACUUUCACAAGUUUUGAUAAAUCUUUCAAAUUUAAAUUUUUACCCAAAUGUCUUUAAGAAGCUAUUACUGUAAAUGUUUGGACACUAUUUAAAACAAUUGUCAGACUCUUAAGACGAUUAUCACUCUUUCCCAUAUUUUAUUUUGCCCUUGUGUUCGGGGUCAUUCUGAUGUUCUUGUCUUGAUUCGCUGACUUACGGCCCCCUUCCUCACUUCCUUAUCUCUUUCCACUGCACGCACGCACGCACGCACGCAUGACUGGAUAUUGCCUAACUUUGUUGCCUUCUGUAGUGGCUCAUUAAGCGUAGACUGCCUGCUUUCUAUGAGCCGUUAAACCAUAUCCUUAUCUCCUUAAAAGUUGUCAUUAAAUAGUUAAGAUUUUUUCUUAAAUAAAGUAGGUACAAAAUUUAAUUUUUUCUUACAUUGUAUUGUACCUGUUGUAAUAUUUCUAGUAUUUGUGAAAUCAAUCAUGGAUGGUUUUAAGAUCUAAAUUAAUUUACUCUUUAGAAGGAUGAACACCAAUUCCCUUAUAGCCACAAAAUUUAAUUUUACUUAAAUUAUGGUUAAUGUAAAAUGUUACCUCUACUUAACUAAUGUUACUUUUUAUAUUACUUAAUUCAAUUCACAAGUAGCCUAAGUAAUAUGACAAAAUUCUAGCUAAAUCUUGGUUUUUAUACCUACAAGGUUGUGAAUAUUAAACUGACUAUAUGUGCAAGUCCGUAUUUUACUGUUAUCAAGAAAAUGAAAGAUUGUUUAGUAAUGAAAUAUGUAGUAACCUUUCAAAAGCUAACUGUGUUAAAAUUCUGUCCCAGAAGUAAAGAUCAAACAAUGAUUAAUGUAAAAAAAACUAAAGAACUAUUGUGACUUGGCAAAAAUCACCGCACAAAAUAGCAGAAUAGCUAAAACCAGACUGUGUUACCCUUCCUAGGCCUAAAAGCCCCCAUAUUGUUUGUAAUGUGUCCAAUAUUUUUUUUUUGUUAAAAAGUACUUUAAUUGAUUGUAACACUGAUAUAUUUAAAUAUAUAUGACUGCUUCAGUUUAAAUGAUUUCCCAAGAGCCCAAAUAUAAGAAGUCAUUCACAAUAAUAUUUUUUUAUUAUUUUAAAGUGAAUUAACUUUUCAGGCCAAACCUCAAAAGACAGCUUUACACUGUUUUUUAGAAAAUGAGAUCCAUUAAUAUCUCAAAGUUUACAAGUGUUUCCGCUGAAAAUAUGUAUAGUGCAGAUAAAAUGCUGAUAAAACAUUAAAAUUAACAAUAUACAGGAUUAUGAAUUAAGAUUUUUAGCUUCAGAUUCAACAUAUACAGAGCAUGAUAAUUUUCUGUAGUAAAGGAGACACUGGAAUUAAGACAUUUUACAGCAAUUACAUGGUAAAAUAGCGGUAUGUUCGGACUUCAAAAUUACAUCCCAUUAGUACAGAUUCAUUCACAGAUUAAAAAAAAAUAGAUGAACCUCAAACAAUAAUUUUAACAUAUAACUUCACUUACUCAUAAAUAGAGUGAUGUUGGGCUAGUUAAAUCAACCUAUGAUAGAUGUGAUGUUGGGGUGAUGCGGGUACACAUGACUCCGAACUACCUCAGGUGAACAUGUUCAACUUGUGCGAGCGGUCACACACAGUCUGAAUGUUUCCUUCGAGGCUAUUUCUCAUUCAACGUAAACAACUUCUACAUAGGCCCCCGAUUGGCUGUUCGGUUUUGAGAGUAUAAACAGUCUUUUGAGAAAAACGCAAGAUAAAGAAUGUUAUUUGCACAAGUUUGUGCAAUAUUUUACCGACUGAAACAAAAAAAAAAUAAUAACAAGCAAACAUUUUAUAGUUUUAAAAUUGACGUGCAUUCAAUGAAAUUAAACAAUCGGUCUUGGAGUUGAACAUACUUUCAUACCAACCGCAGUGUAACCGUAUACUUUCGCGUUUGUAAAUACGUUUUACGCAAACUUGUUCACCUGAAGUUGUUCGGCGUUCUGUGUAACCUCACGCCCAAUAAUCAGUUGUAUCGCCAACGUAAGGAAGGCACGAUCCAGUCAUUGCAGAACCUAUCUUAACUCUUUGCUUAUGUACCAACUUUAUGAUGCAGAAACUCACAGCGAACAGCUGCCUUCUUAAGAAGUUGCGUGACUGUAGUCUCACACGUACUCUGUGGACUACUGCACAGUUUAAGGCCCGUUCUACGAUGGCAGGUAAAUCGGGACGAUCUCCAGAACAUUUCAUGUCUGCUGCUCCCACAAUGCACGGAAACAUAAUAAAUGGCAAAAUGAGAUUGCAUUUCAAGAUUACAAAAUAUUAAUUCAAUUUUUAAAAAUAAUUAUGCUUUGAAAUUAUAGCAUGGGCAGAAUUUACAUAAAUAAUAAAAUUAAACCACAAAAUAAUAAUAGAACACUAGAUAUUUGUGUACUUGAAACAAGUCUUAACGUAUUUAGAACAUAAACAAACAUGGCUACCAUCGCAGCCAAGUACUACUCGAGCAACGUUAACGGAAGAGCUCAGCACUGCAAAGCUAGUCUCCGUCUGCGUGCUGUUACGUGAGAUCCGUCUCCAUUUCCAUGUAAUUGUAGAACAGGUCUUGACAUGCCAACUGCACAGUCACCCGAAUAGUGGAUCACGCUCGACCUUUCAAGAGGCGCUAGCGGUGACCUCUAGCAAUUGCACCGCUAACCUAUUUCUCGCUCCACGCGUGUUUGGGUUACAGUUCUGUUCACAAAAUUUGAGAAUGUGCCAAUUUUACAUCAUUAGAUUUAUUUUCCUACCGUUUGUGUGCCCACAAUGUACGACUUAAGUGUUGUUGACUAUACUGUGGACUAAUAUAAACAUUGUUGUUAUAAAAAAAUUUGUAGACUUUGUACAGACGUGUAUAUGAACUGUUAUGAAAACAAUAAACACAUUGUAAACAGUUCUCAUCUCAAUCUUGUUUCGUGCCCAGCCAGAUUGCAACCACUUUAUUGGUGUGGUUCAUCGCUGCCAUCUGCAACC